UAACUGUGAUGUGACAGUUUCAGUCCCAUUUUAAUUACAAUUUAGAUUAAUGAUUAUAACAUUUUCCAAUUUUUUAAUUAAUUAUAGGCUUCGACAAUGGCGUCUGUAAAUAACCAGAGCAACAUAGAAUCCUUAAAAAAUGAAAUAGAAAGAUUAACAAGAGAAUUAGACCAAGCAAGUAGUGAAAAAGUUCAGUCAGCUCAGUAUGGGUUAGUCUUAUUAGAAGAAAAGAAAGAACUGCAACAGAAAUGUGAAGAAUUUGAAGCUUUAUACGAGAAUACCAAACAUGAGUUAAACAUUACUCAGGAGGCUUUAGCAAAGUUCCAAACUAGUCAUAAAGUUACAACAAAAACUGGGAUUGAGACUGAAGAAUCGCUCAUAAAUGAGUCGGUAGCUAGAGAAUCGUCGCUGACGUUACAGAUUUUAGAGUUAGAGAAUGAGAUUAAACAGUGCAGACAUGAGUUGGAAAGAGUCACCGCUGAAAGAGAUCGAAUGCUCCAAGAAAAUAAUGAUAUGGGCAAAGACAAGGAGGACAGAAAUAUGGAAUGCAAAAAACUCAGAACGGAACUACGAGAAGUCAAAUUUAGAGAAAAUCGUCUUAUAUCUGAUUAUUCGGAAUUGGAAGAGGAGAAUAUUGCUCUUCAAAAACAAGUUUCUGCCUUGAAAAGCUCUCAAGUUGAAUUUGAGAGUUUGAAGCAUGAAAUAAGAAGAUUGCAAGAAGAGAUGGAUUUAUUGAAUUUGCAGUUGGAAGAAAUGACAAAUUUAAAAAAAAUUGCUGAGAAACAUAUGGAAGAAGCCCUUGAAUCAUUACAGAGUGAACGAGAAGCAAAAUAUGCUCUUAAAAAAGAACUGGAUCAACAAAUAAACCGUGAAUCCUUUUAUAACAUCAACAACCUCGCUUACCGGAUCAGAGGUAUAGCAGGAGAGGAUCCAGUUAGCAGUGAUUGUGAAGAUGAUCUUCCUGGCCUUAAACAUCUUGAAGCUACCAUUUGUAGUGAGGUUCAAUCACCGGAUGGUAAGCAGGUUGAUUUAUUCUCCGAAGUGCAUCUUAACGAACUGAGAAAAUUGGAAAAGCAGUUGGAGGCUUUAGAAAAAGACAAAAUUAGUUUGACGCAAAGUUUAAGGGAAAAUCAGGGAAUGGUGGAAAAGAGUCAAGGCGAGCUGCAGGUGUUCGUGGCCCGUCUAACCCAAUUAGCUGCUCACGUGGACUCCUUACAACACCUCUCACAAACCGUGGAUAAAAACCUCACCAAACCCGCAGAAGAAGCAGCUAGAGCCCUUCAACAAUACCAGCAAUGGUUCAAAAUGUCAUCUAAGGAGAUAGAACUGCUCAAGCGCGAUAUUAAAGAAUUAGAAAAUCUUACCAACGUAUCCGACGCCACCCUGCAAUUAAGAAACGAAAUAACGAACUUGAAAAAUAAACUGUUUGAUACUGAACAAAAGAGUAUGGAUUUAGAUAGUGAUCUCAAGCUGCUGAGAGACUUCGCCUGUGAAGCUGGUGCUUCGUUAGAUGAAAGUCAAAAUACUUUGCAAGGAGUUUCAGAAGAUUUGGCUCAGCUUUAUCACCAUUUGUGCACGAUUAAUGGGCAAACUCCUUCUAGAGUUAUCCUUGAUCAUGAAAAGGAAGGACUAACACCAAUGACUGAAACAGCUCCACCCAUCGGAGAAAUGUCUAAAAUAGAAUUAUUAAGAAGCAGACUGAAGAAUGACAUUCCAUUGCACGAGUUAGAACCCCUGAAUGAUACAGCAACUUUAUCCAGAAAUGUCUUCACCAUUGUAGAUCAAAUAAAACAUCUAAGAACCGCUGUUGAAAGUACUAUAGAGUUAUCUAAAAAUAAAAGAGGCACCACCGAUGGAUCGUAUGAAUCUUCUCGUGACGAAUCCAGUGAAUCAGAGAUUCAAGAGUUACAAGAACAGGUGGUGAGGUUGAAAAGUCUUUUAUCUACAAAACGUGAGCAAAUUGCUACUUUGAGAACAGUUUUGAAGUCAAACAAAAACACCGCUGAAGUGGCUCUGACGAAUUUGAAGAGUAAAUACGAAAAAGAGAAGACCAUCGUUUCCGAAACUAUGAUGAAGCUAAGGAACGAAUUAAGAUUACUUAAAGAAGAUGCUGCCACAUUUUCAAGUCUCCGUGCUAUGUUUGCUGCUCGUUGCGAGGAAUACGUCACCCAAGUCGAUGAACUACAGCAACAACUCAGCGCAGCCGAAGACGAGAAGAAAACCUUGAAUCAACUUCUACGUUUGGCCGUACAACAAAAGCUGAACAUCACACAACGAUUAGAGGAGCUGGAAGUCGAUAGAGAGAUACGAAAUGCCGCACGGCGUCCAAAUAACAGAAAUUACUCCAGAGGUGGCAGAUCUGGCGGACGAGACGUCUUUUAGCGUAGAAGAAGACCUUUUGUUUAUGCCUUAGCUUUUGUUACCACCUUUUUUAGGUUGUAAAUUAUUCUAGGUACGAGGAAAAAGCAGUGUGACUUUUAACAUGAAAUACCCGUUGCUGUCAAGUACGGUGAGUAUGCCGAAUACACUAAAUUUUUGGUUUAGUGUAUUUAGUGGAAUUUUGAAUAAGUGGAUUAUGUCUGAAAAAGUGUUUAGAGUUGAACUUUGGAUUUUUUUAGACUAAGCCAUGUAUAUAUCAGCCUCUUCCAGGGUUAUUUGUACAGUCUUAAGAGAAUUACUGUUUUUAACCAGUUGUAUAAUAUUGGAGCCAAAAAAUAUAGGGCUUAAUAUUAAAACUUGUUGCACCACUAAAGAUAUAUUAAAAAUAAAGAAUUUGGACAAAUACUUUUAAUUGAUCAUUUUUGACAUUCGAAAUAAUGCAAAUCAUUUGGAAAUUCAUGAAUCUAGGAAAGAAAGUCUAUCAAAAGUGUGUUUCAUCAAAAAUAUUUAUACCGGAUAUUGCUUCGUCGAAAUACGAAAUUUGAGUUGUUUUUUAAUUGUGAAAAUUAUUGGCUUAAAUAUUUUUUGUCUUCUUCCUCUUUCUUAUAAUCCUUAGUGCCUUUCAGGGCGUCGGAUUUAUUUUUCGUCAAACAUUUAACAGUUGAAGAGCUCUAAAAUAUGCAUCCAAAAAAAUAAAGUUUAUUAUAGCCCCGUAUGCCGGGGCAUCAUUCACGAUCAAAAUAACAUAUUUCAGGGGUUCCCAAAUAUUUUCAGUUAUUAUACAUUGGCGGGCAAAACAUUUAGGUCCCUAGAUGAAUUAUACACGUUUGAUGCCUCGAAUUUCCUAAACCUGUUGUCCGAUUUGAGUGAUUUUUUAGUAUCUUAUAGUUUUAUUAUUUAAGAAUCUCAAUGUAUUAAUAUUGUUGCUAGACAGAUAAAUGCGAUUUUAUACCAGGUGUAACAAUCAUACUGUGUUUUUUUAUUAAAGUUUGGAACACUCUGUGGAAUAUUCUAGCAUGGAUAAAAUAUUGAAAUUAAAACUCAAUUGUAGCCUUAGGCUUUGUUAACAUUUUCUUUUUUGAUUGACCGGUUGAGAUAUGCAACUCAAAUUUGGUAGGUUUUAGGAGGUAGUCAUUGCGCAUUUUUUGACAUACAAUUAAGAAUUUUAUAUUCAACAUUAGCGUGCAUACGUGAUGUAUCUGAAAUAUUUAUACCCGUAUGCACGCCAGUGGUGAAUAUAAAAUUCUUAUUUGUAUGUCAAAAAAAUGCGCAAUAACUACUCUUAAAACCUAUUAAAUUUCAUUUGCAUAUCUCAACCGGUUUUAGAGCAACAAAUAAACUGUCAGUUUGUAAGAAAAAAUUCAGCAUCCCGUAUCUCGGAAACGAAGCAUUUGUAGACCUAUGUUUAUAAAGCAAACAGUCAUUAUUUUUUCAUGCAGAAUUACUCCUUAAAGUUUGUCGCACUUAUUUAGAAAUACCCUGUAUUGAUGAAGAACAUGGCUAGUUGUUAAAGUACCUAACUUUUUUAUUAUCCAACAUAAGCAAAUGAAUGAAAAAAGAUAAUGUUAAGAAAGCCUAAGGCUACAAUUGAGUUUUAAUUUUAAUUUUUAUCUAUGCUAUAAUAUUCCACAGAGUGUUCCGAACUUUAAGGAAAAAACGUACUAUUGUUACACCCGGUAUAAAAUGAAAUUUACCUGUCUUGCAACAAUAUUAACACAUUGAAAUUCUUAAAUAAUAAAGCUAUAACAUACUAAAAAAUCACUUAAAUCGGACCACAGGUUUAGGACAUUCGAGGCAUCAAACGUGUAUCAUUCAUCUAGUGACCUAAAUUUUUUGCCCGCCAGUGUAUUAUAAUAUUAUUAACGACUGUAUAUUGUCAAUUCGCUAAAUAUACUGGGAGAUAUUAAUCUGACGUGCAAUCAUUUAUGACGGCGAGGGGACUUAAAGAUACAUCAGAGAUGAACUACCAAAUAACGUUGUGGACAUUUUUUGUGGUCUCCAUUUUUGGGAAACUCCGACUUUAUUUUUAAAAAUCCUAUACAGCGAUGAUUUUCUCAUUUCUGCCAUGCCUGUCAAUCGAUAGGGAACUAUCGAUUUUAUGAUCAAUUUUUUUAGACAUAAGGGUUGCAAAUUAUCUAAACUAGAAGUCAAACAAUUAGAAAUGCACGUCAUAGAUUGAAUGACAUCAUAACCAACCGUUGCAAACUUGACAGCAAACAAAUUCAACCAAUUUUUGCUCAUAUAUUAGUUUUUUCUCUACCCUCAAGUUUGGCAGGAAAGCGCUGUUGCCAAAUAAAAAACAUAUGUAAUUACCACAGCAACUACAAGCUACAGUGUUUCUUUUUGUCUUUAAGAGUGUGCAACAAAGAUAACUAUCUGUAAUAUAAGUGUGAAAGUCAUGUUGUCCUAUAAAAGGUUAUGUAAGAUUUUUGUUUGCUUAUUAUUUUUUUCUUUUUCUUUUAUGUACUUUGGGAGCUGCGCCCAUUUAGCGUCUAGCUAAAACUACCAUACAACAAACUUAUUGCGAACCUAAUCGACCAAUCAAGGAUAGGGAAGAGAAAGGGUUAAAAAAUAAACUAAAUAUAAUAAUGACAUCAUAUAAACUCGUCACUAAUUCUAACCAAUGAAAUGCUCGCUGUAAUAGGAAUGGCAUGUCAAAAAAAUCUGAUUAUUCCCGAUAUAUUUUUUUAAAUUUAGAAUAUGGCAACAAGGGGAAAAUAACAUGCAUUCCUUAUUGUUUGAUGUUCCCUGUAUACAUAUAUAAAUAUAAUAAGAGAUUUAAACAUAACGUAAAAAUUUAACAAAAAUAGGUACCAAUUUUCGGGGAUCUUCUCCUUAACUGCCUAUUACAAAUAUGACAUUAUUCAUCUCAGAAAGCUCAUAACAAGUGUUGAUAUAAGUGCUGCUAAGAUAUAAAAGAAAAUUAAGUCUCCGAAAAGCCGUCGAAAUUUUUCGCAUGGCCUUAUUCUCUUUUGAGAUAAUUUCAUAUUUUUAACUCGUAGUUAUGAGAAAAUCACCAAUAUCCCCAAAAAUUACCACUGUUCGUUACUUUUUCACGUCAUUUUCAACCGUUAGGAUCCUUAUAACUAAAAUAUUUGAUCAUAAAAUCGAUACUAGCCAACAAUUUCAUGAAAAUGACAGAAAUUAGAAAAACGUCACUGUGUAGGAAUUUUUUUUCCUGCUAUAUUUCAUAAUGUCAGAUUUGACCGUGACUAAUGCCCCAGCAUACGGAACUAUAAGAAAGAAAAAUAAAAUAUUAGCAAUAACCUCUAAACCAAUUAAUUGAAAAUAUCGGUUUUACUCUUCAACGACGUAGUAUCCGGGAUAUUUAAUAUAUGUUUUAGUGGAUUUUAAAAUGCAACAACUUCUGUUCUGUCCAUUUUAGUAAAUGUGAUAUAAAUGAGUUGUUUAACAUAAAUUAAUUUCAUUCUAACUUUUAUAGGACGCCUUUGUUUGUUCGUAGAGGCGUCCUGUACAUUAUUUAGUAGGUAAUAGACUAAUAUGUGCAAUUUAAUUACUCAGAAUUGCACAAUUACACGAAAGAUUGGGAAUUAACGUGGUGAUCGGUUUUAACAUAUUUAUAAAACUCUUAGGGGGUUUUUUAGUUUAAAAUAUAUUAAUAUUAUGUUGUAGUUCGCUUUUUCGAACCUUUUAAACUUAUUUUUGUUGUUGACUGUGUUUUUACUACUGUCUUUGCAUUUAUUUGUUAUUCAGCCUUGAAUGAAGUUUUUACAAACGUUAGAAAUCUUUUUUGGCUAUUUAUAAGGGGGUAUUCUUAACCAUUUAGUGAUGACAGGUCAACGGGGAAAUUCAAAUUUGAUUAGGCUGUGAAAUUUUAACAUUUUUAGUGUGUACUUUUGCAGAAUGUCCAUAACAGACAAAAGUAUUGAGUAUUUUUGAGCCUGUUUUGGCAUUGGUCAUAAACCUUUCGUUGUAUUUUCAAGGUUAAAAUGUCAUUCUGUGGAAGUGACUAAAGUUCUAACUAAAUAUAUAAUUUUUUUCACAGCCUACUUUAAUUUGAACUAUACUCGAUGUGGCUCUAUAAUAUCAAACGCCUAAUAAAGAAAAAUCUAUUUUUAAUACGAAUUAAGACAAUUGUAAUUGUUAGUUUUAACCUGCGAGAACUGUUUGUCGUGAUAUAAACAUUAAUUAAUUAUGAACCUAUUUAGUAACCAAAACCUUGUCAAUAUAUACGAAUUUAAAGCAGAAACUUUUUCUCUAUUCAUAACUUAUUCAUUGUUCCCCAUAACAACAAUGCCUUUAUUUUUAAAAUGUUUCGACGGUGGUCUUUAUAGAUUUAGAAGACUUUGGGAGGAAACUAGAUCGUCAAUACUAUAACCUGUUUUUAAACUAGGAGGAGUAACUCAAAAGACAUAUUUACACCCAAUAAUAUCACUUCAUCUUCUUUUUUGGUUGAUCAUGUCAGCCUUUGACGGUAAUCCAUAAAUAUUAUAUUAUACUAAUAUGUCGCUAAAGAGUUCUAAAGAUAACGGUUUUUUUAUAUACUCACGGACAAAAAUAUUGCAUAUGCACGUGAAAUGAAAUUUCUGCUGCUAUCUUUAGCCCCCAAGUAUCAUAGGAAUAGGAUUUCUUUUUCGAAUGCGAUGUUUUAAAGUGUCAUAUAAAUGCUAUAAUCGGAUUUAAAGCUGAUCUGGACUAUAUUCUGGCCAAUAUAAUUUUCAAAUUAAAUCUCAUCAAGAUAGUUAUUCACUGUUGUAGCGACAUAAAGACGUGCAGUCGCACCAAUAUGUCAUAUCCAAUGUGGCUUGCAAAUGGCAAAACAUGAUCUCCUAAAAUAUUUUCAAUGUACAUGUCAGUUGGCAUUCGCCUAAUCACAAUCACGUGUUGGAUAUGUCCUUUCAAAGCAAUACCACUCCGUAGCUCUAUGCCGCCACCACAAAAACUAACGCUCUGUAUGAGGUUACACCUGAUAAACUGUUCACCAACUCUUCUGUAGACAAAGUUUUGUUAAUCCUGCUUCCAUAUGAUGAACGGUCUGCCAGUAACGGUAUGAUGUAACCUCAUACAGUGUUAAUUUUGGUUGUAGCGGCAUAGUGCUAUGGAGUGGUAUUUUUUUAACAGAAGAUACCGAACUUGUGGAGGUGAUUGGGUGAAUGACAGAUGAUAUGUACAUUAAAAACAUUUUAGAAGAUCAUAUUUUGUUAUUUGUCAGCCAUAUCGGAUAACAAAUUCGUGUUAAUGCACCAUAACGGAGGUCUUCAUGUCGGUAGAAUAAUGAAUACUUACCUUGAUGAGAUUCAAUCUAAAAAUUAUAUUGGCCAUCAUAUAUAGCCAUAUCAAAUUUAAAUCCGAUUAUACCAUUUAUAAUGAUACUUUAAAGCAUCGCAUUCGGAAAAGAAAUUCUAUUUCUGUGACACUGGGGGCAGCAGACACAAUUUCAUUUUACACGUUAAUUUCAAAAUAUGAUAUAUUUUUGUCCGUGAGUGUAUAAAUGCAGACUGAAAAUAAAAAAAUUUAAGGAAUAAUGCAGAAAACACAAAAAAUCGCCGAUAUAACUUAAUUAACCUAUGAAUUAUAAAUGCCAACAGUAUCAAAAUUUCAUAAUUUAAUGAAGUAAACUUGCCUGCUGUUAAACCAAUUACAAACAAGCAUUAUGGCGCGGUAAAUUUGAAUUACUCCUCGUAGUUUAAAAACUAGGUAUAGUAUCUAUAUAUUGCACAAUAAUUCAUAUUGUGCAAUAAUUAAUGCACAAUUAAUUAUAUUGUGCCAUUAUUGAUGCACUUUUAAUAAUGGUGUGCAAUAAUUUGUGCACAAUAAAAUAUAUUGCACAAUAAUUCAUAUUGUGCAAUAAUUAAUGCACAAUUAAUUAUAUUGUGCCAUUAUUGAUGCACUUUUAAUAAUGGUGUGCAAUAAUUUGUGCACAAUAAAAUAUAUUGAACAAUAAUUCAUAUUGUGUAAUAAUUAAUGCACAAUAAAUUAUAUUUUGCAAUUAUUGGUGCACGUUGAAUGAGCUUGUGCAAUAACUGAUGCGCACUAAAUUAUAUUGAGCAAUAAUUUAUAUAGUUUAAAAAUAAUUAUCAAGAUAUCGCUAAACAAAAUGUGUCAAUCAAACAGUUUGAUAUUUAUUGUGUAACCUGGUCAAUAUGACAUUGUGGACGAAUAUACUGGUACAGUUAUUUUUAAAGUAGGAAAAUAAACAUAAAAUAUGGAUACACAGCGAAAAUGUUGAAAGCUGAAACUUAUUGAAGUGUAUCAAGUCUUACAAGCAAUGUUAUAUUGACAUAGAUAUCUAGUGUACUCUCAUUGAAAAAUGUUUACUCGGAGAAAUAAAAUAUGGCUUUGUACUACUUACUCCAUUUUUCAUUUCAUUUGUAAUUCUUAAUAAUACACCAUAUCGUAUUCUAUCGAGUCACAGGACGCUUUGAAAAUUGAUUAGUUAAGUAAUACAUACAUUUGAUUAGUUAUAGUAGAAUGACUAUAGAAAUUUGUUUUUUCAUUUUUUUUUUCAAAAUUAAUAAUGCAAUGACUGUAGAACUUUAUUUUUUUGUUUUGGUCAGUUUGGUGAAUGCCAAACUGACUAAAAUCUAUUGCACAAUAUGUUUGUGCGAUAAAUUAACAACAAUAUUGAUCAUUUAGUGCAGCUUAUCACAACAACUUACUUAACAAGAUAAUAUAGUCUAAUUUUUUAUCGUUACUUUUUAAAUACCUCCUUAUACAUUAAUAUAUUUAGCAUUACAAUGUUGUUCUAUUUUCUCGCUGGUUUAUAUAAGUAGCACCAAUGCAAAAUUAGCGGGAACGGUUUUAGGAUUACACAUUUUUUAUUAAGCAUUUUAAAGAACUGUCUGUCCCUUUUUUAUUAGUACAAAAUCGCAUAUGAAAGGACAUAUAUGUCAAUAUUUUUAUAAUCCAUCUAGGCCUGUCUUUACAGAUGGUGGCAGCUGUUAAAUGACGAGUAAUAGACGUAUUUUAGAACAAUAGACUGUCUUUUCUGCUGUUAUCACCUUAUUCGAUCCAAAAAUUUGUACAGUCUCCAAGUUUGAUGAACGAAUAAAAGUGAGUAUAGUUACUCCAACACUGUUCACGAUUCAUAAUCAGAACAUUUUGUCUUUUUUGUAAAACAAUUAUUUUUAACUUGUUCAUUUUACUGAUCAAUAAUAUAUGUCUAUAACAUGGUCUAGUACUUAUAUGAUCUCACGACAUAUAAUUAAGUAAAUGACUUCAUUUACAGUGAUAUUCCAAAACCUUCUUUCCUUUCAAUCGAUGUAAUUGUUUUUACUUUAUUCAGUGUAAAGCAGCUUCCAUCUACUGCUUGAGUGUUAUUUUGAUUUAGCUGCAGCUGCAGAGCGUAAAGUAUUGUGAUAUCGUUAAUAAUACAUUGUAACAAAUAGAUGAAAGAAACCUUCAAAGUGGCACAUAUAUAUUGCUGAGAAAAUAGAUUUCUUAUUUCUGGGUGAUAUGAUAUAAAUGUGGCAUUGCGCCAUAUGCGCAAAUAUUUUUUCAUACUCUUUCGUGUAAAUUCCUCUCUUCUGGGAUACCGUUAUCCUAUAACUAUAUUGUCAAUAUUUUCUAUAGUUUCAUCGACAGUUACUGUUUUUGUCAGUUUUUCAUGUAUAUCAUCUUCAAUCUAUCAAGAAAAUAAUUCAAACCCAGAAUAAUAACCUGUAAAAAUAGGGAUGGUUCUAUAAUUAGUCACAAGGAACAUAUACUAAACAGAUGGGCGAAUAAUUUUGAACUGCUUAAUGGUAAUGAUGAAGCUGAGAUGGGAGCUUCCAUGAUUCAAAAGACCAGCAGAACUCUGGCUAUAGAAAGAGCUAACCAGACAUGUAGAAGAAUAAUCAUUGACGAUUUAGAACUGGAAGUUGUAGACACCUUUACGUAUAACAACGUCAGUAAAUAAAUGAAAGAAAAAUAGUGCUUGCCAAUAAGCGUUACUGUGGCUUAGAAAAUAGGGGGUCUAAAAACUACCCAUGAAAAUAAAGUGGCCGUCUACAAAACACUAAUAAGACCAGUGUUAACAUAUGGAGCAGAAACAUGGUCACUCACACAGAAGGACCAAGGACUGCUUAAAUGUUUCAAGCGAAAAAUCCUAAAAUAAUACAUGGGGGAUAAAAGAGGAAGGUUUGUAGCGCAGGCGUUACAACUUGAGUUGUAGUAUAAGUCUUGGGGAACCUUACGUUGUAAAAUUCGUUAAGAUAGAAUGCCUUAGAUGGACAGGGAAUCAAGUGAGAAGAAGGUGUAACAGUCAGAAAAGUUUUUGACCGACGAGGGCCGAUCAGCCAACGAGCCAAAGGAAGACUAAGGGUGCGUUCACUACGGAGACCAAAGGAUGGUAUCCUAGCCUAGAGCAUGGUGUCGUACUCUUCAUAUUCGUGAAUUCUCGCAUUUAAAAUAAUGCAUUUAUUUUAUAUAGCGAUCGAUAAUAUAGUUUCGAUCGCCAGGUAAAAUAAAUACAUUAUUUUAAAUGCGAGAAUUAACGAAUAUGAAAAGUACUAUACCAUGCUCUAGGCUAGGAUACCAUCCUUUGGUCUCCGUAGUGAACGCACCCUAAGACGUAGGUAUCAAGACAACCUAGAGAACGAUUUAAAAUCUAUUAGAGUUAGAGCAUGUGAUGUCACUGAAGAUGAUAAUCGUCAUCAGUCGUAGUUAUGCCGUGUUGAAUUCCUCUACCCAUUCUUUUACUGUGAAUCACGCAGAUGUUACAAACCAUAUCAACUUCAGAUACAUUUUUGUUGGUGAUAAAUCAUCCGAAUCAGUUUUGUGGUAAAAUGAUAUUUAGGCUUAUCUAUUUUUUUCCGUGCCCUCAUUUGUUGUUGUUCUUCUUCAGCCUUAAGUAAUCCAAUUUUGGACAUAGGCCUCCCCCAAUUCAAUUCAGUGUUUUCUAUUUUGCGCCACUUGUCUCCAGUUGUGUCCUCCAAUUUUCUUCAUGUCAUCAGCCCAUCUCAUUUGUGGCCUUCCUCUGCUUCUCCUUCCUAACCAUGGUCUCUUUAAAAUCUUUAGUCGCGCAUGGCGACCGCGCAAUGUUCCCAGUCGCUUUUGCCCCACUCUCGCAUUGCUAGUCGCAUUCAGUUCGUCUGAUAUACUUACCGUUGCACGUCAUUAUCUACGUCAGAGAUCUAAGUUGACAUUGUUGCUCAAUUACAAAAAAUUCUUGAAUUCAUUUUAAAUCAAAUAUAUCACAUAAUUUUCGAGGAAGUGGAUUAUACAACAAAAGAAAUUAAUAUUCAAUGUAAAUAAAUAAAAACUUUAGAAAUAGAAAACAGGAAUUUAGUUAUAAUCUUACGUUAAAGUAAAUAAUAAAAACAGUAAAUAUAAUAAAACAAAUACUUAUAGUAAAGAAUAAAAACAAAUAUGAAGUGUCAUCACCGCAACUGUCAAAUAAAUGUUACCAAUUUAUGCCACAAUAUCACCUUCGUUCGAUUACAAUUACAGUGUGUUCUGAACAAGUGUGCUUUAUAAAAACGCUUUAUAAUCAAUGUAUACAAAUUAAAUGAAACAUAUUAUUGUGUAUUUCUUCAAGUUAACAUUAAUAGAAAUCUUCAAAUAUUAUUUCUUCGCGUAUAUAAUAAAAUAUGUCUAGUGGCUGUAAUUCCAGUGUAGUCGGCUAAAUGAUUUUAAAAAGGAACAGAUCUACCGCCUAAAUAUUUCGUGUUGGUAUCAUGUGACGUCACGGGCUAUGACGCGGAUGACGUGCAACGGUAAGUAUAUUAGCCGGAGUAUAGAAACGUAUGGGUUUUAACAGGGAAACCCCGCAUCCACCACCGGUGAAUUACCAAUUGCGUACUGCCGGUAUUACUUCUUGAGAUCAAAGUGCCGACAUGGAAGAGGUUUUACUGUCCCUCUUUAUACUGUGGUCGGGCAUUGUGUCCUGCGAAGCUCCAUUUUAAUUUGGCAGCAUGUUCUCCUGCGUCUUUUACUUUGGUUUUGUUUCUAAUCCAUUUAUUUGUUUUUUUUUUGUCUAAAAGACUCACCCCGAGCAUUGAUCUUUCCAUCGCUCCUUGUGCCAAUUUGUUGUUACAGAUAAUAAAUAGGACAUCUAUUCCUUCAUGUGCGAUUUUACUAAUAGGCAUUUUCGCAUUCACAGAUAGAUCCGUACUAUAUAAUAUAAUCAGUUCGAUCAAAAAUAUUACUAGUAGUAGCUAGAAUGUGAUUAGCACGAUUAUACCACGGUGUAAAUAUUUAUAUUUUAUAUUUAUAAUUUUUUGAGUAGAUUGCUUCACGAAAGUUACUUUGAUAAUAUCACAAAAUUGUUAUGUGUUAUUGUUAUCGAUAUACCAUUACAGUUAGUUAUAACAGUAAUUGAAUUAUAGAAUUACGGAAAGGCAAGUAUCACUCGUUUCAGUGUUUGUUGCCACCACGGUUCUGGAUGACAUUCGAUUUGGCGUAGAAAUGCUCACGUUUUGGUCGUCCCUUUGGUGAAAAAUUGGUAAAUUCCCAACUGAGUGUCACUCGAAGCACUUCACACGUUGUUGGAGCAGGUGUACGACGUCUUACACGCCUUUUGAGAAGGCUUCAUAUAUGCUCAAUAGGAUUAAGAUCUGGACUUUGAGCAGGCCAGCCAUUUUUGGAAUACCAACAUCUUCAGGGACUUUGUGAUAAUCUUGCAUUACCACAAAACCAUUGCCAAUAAACUCAGCUUAUGGUAUCACAUGACGUUGCAUGGUUGCCCUUUUCUGUGAUGCGCAGUUUGUUUUGCACGACAUAUGACAGCACACAAUUGUCAAUUUCAAUUAAUGGGCGGGUAUAAACAGUAAAACAAUUUUAUUCUUAUGAAUACUCGAAGAAAACAGUAUGGAAACCAAUAUCAACCGUUUAAAAUUAGAUACGACCAAAUCAAUUCUCUAAUUAUUUUUGGCAUACACUUUUACGUUGAGUAACUAUGAUGUUUAAUUUCACUAUCAGUAUAGUAUACAUUCUCAAAGUAAUUUCUGUGAAGUGAUUUAACAGUAUUUAAAUUUCGUGAUCUGUGCGAUUAUUUAUAUUAUUUAUUUAUAAUUUUAUACACAUAUAUAGUAUAUUUGUAUUGUUUUGCUAAAAUGCUAGUUGUUAAUUUUUACUACCAAUGUUUAUUUAUAGGUACUAGACUUAUUUAAUAAUUUCUUGCGUUAUUAAUAUUGACCGUAGUCACAUACAUUGUGGCCGACAUUAAAAUGGUAAUAUUAACGCAAAAAAAAUUGAUAAAACGACAGUUUUGUAAAAAAUAAGUAAAAAACAGGGAUUAUUUUUUUGUGAAUUUGAUGGCUUUGGCCGAGCCAGACAUUAAAACAGAGAUUAGCAUAGAAACUUUAAACAAUUAUAGUUUGAAUAUUUAUAGAUGUUAAUAAUAUUUCCUUCCUAAUUUAUUCCCAUCUUACAGUUGUUCUUUCGUAUGUAGUAUAUAAUAAUAUACAGUCUACAAUAAUUAAUUAUUGAAAUUAUACUUCUUUAGGCGCGAUUGGGAGUACAUAAAUGUAAAUGUGCGCGAAUUCAUCAAAAAAUUUUAGCGCUACGCGCAGAUGAAACGUUAUGCGUUUGCUCUAAUCGGGUAUUCCAAUGACCUGCCAAAAAUUAUUCAAUAAGGCGAAUGUGCGUAAACAAAUGUUGUGUUUUAGUUCUUAUUCUUGUGAGAACAGAGACAAAACUAAGUUUAUAAUUACUGUAGUGACUUUUUAAAUAGUUUUUAAAAGCAACAGAUACUUAACUCUAAAUGUUUUAAUAUUGUAAUAAAAAAUUACAUACCUACCUAUUUUGAAAAUGUAAAAUGUAGUAGGUAGCGCUUCGAUUUACACAAUUUGAUUUCCAACAAAAUUUCUACCAAUCUUCAUCUAAUAUAUUGUUUCUUACUCUAUAGUUUGCUGUAUUUUAAUUCUACAAAAAUCAAACUAAUUUGGUUAAUUCACACAAUAAACAAAUGUGACCAAAUAUCAAAAAGUUUAAAUCAUUCAGGUGGCAUGUCUAAUUGGCUGCAUUUUAAUGUGCUUGGUUCACAACCUAAUGACCUAAUAUACAGGGAUUCGAUCCCCAAUGCAAAUUUUUAUUUUUUUUACACAUUUUAUGAUUAUAAGUAGUAUAUAUUACAGGAAAAUUUUUUCUUAUGGAUUUUAGUAAGUAUAUAUAUACUUUUUUUUUUCAGAAAAUACGUGUUUAGUUAAAAUUUUUACCAACAAUUGUUCAGAAAUCAUUUCUUUGUGGCAUUUUUCAAUAUGUUUGUGUGUGUUUUAUUCUUUUAUUUUUUAUAUUUUUUUACCUAUUUUUUUAAUAAAAAUUUUUGGAAAGUAGUAAGUAUUAAAAUUAGUUUAAUAUUUAAAUAAAAUAUAAAUAAACUGUUUAAAGUUUAUUUAUUUCGUUGAAAUCAUAUAAUAGAAGUAUAACUUCUUAUGUGCGUACAAAGUACACACACAUUCUUUUUUUUAUCUAAGUAUAUUCCUGAAAUAUUUAACUAAAUUUUUGUAAAACUGUCGGAUUAUAAAAGGUUUGUUUGUGAAGCUGAUCCCGGAUUAACAACUGAUUUAUCAUCAACUUUUGGUAUGUGCUUAAUUUGCGAAUGUUUAGUUGCAGACAAUUCCAAAUAAUUAUAUUUUUCGGAGCACUAAAUUUAUUGUGAAAUUUAAACCUUAAUGUGAACUUAGUCAUGUCAACUUAGCCUUUUAUGUUGUGAUUAUACCGCUCUAUCCUACUCUACUCUGCUACUUUUACCUUUUAUGAAGCAACGUAGUAUAGUUAUAGAUCUAGCUGUAAAUUCCGUCUAUUCCAUCGUGCGGCCAGGCUGUAAGGACCCAUGACCCACUAUUUGUUACCUCAUCCACCCUGAUCCUGUCUCGCUCUUUCUAGAUUCUCCUUUUUCUUUCUGAUUCGUAAUUAUGUCUACAGUAACAUCGUAGGCUUCGUUGUUCUGCAUCGCUUUUUGUAUAACAAUUGUUUGGUGUUAUCUCUUCUAGCCUUAAUAUUUGGUUCUUCUGUUUUCUUCGAAUUGAGGAAAAUAGUGCAAACAAAAAUGCAGUAUUCUGCGUCGUCUAUGAUGUCACAAUCUAUACACAUGACAUUUGUGGUCUUUAUUCUAUACGUCUACGACCUAAAGGAGCCUUGAGAAAUUGUGUAAAGUAAUAAUUGAACCUUCUAAACCUACACUGGGGUGCAAAAUUAACCGGACACCUUAAAAAUGGGUCGUUUUUGAUGUCUCGAAUUUCUUGAACCUGUUGUCCGAUUUAAGUAAUUUUUUUAAUAUAUUAUAGCCUUAUUCUUUAACAAUAUCGCUGUAAGAGAAUUGUUCAUAAACAGUUACAUUUUCAUUGUAUACCGGGUGUACCAAUCAAACUGUGUUUUUUCUCAAAGUUCGCAUCACUCUGUGGUAUAUUCUAGCAUUUUUAAAAUACUAAAAUUAAAAUCCAACUAUAGCCUCACGUUUUCUCAACAUUUUGUUUUUUGAUUCAUUCGCUUACAUUAGACCAUAAAAAAGUUAAGUACUUUAACAACUAGCCAUGUUUUUCAUCAAUACAGGGUGUUUUUUAAAUAAGUAUGGCAAACUUUAAGGGGUAAUUCUGCAUGAAAAAAUAAUGACAGUUUGCUUUAUAAACGGUAUGUUCGCAAAUCCUUCGUUUCUGAGAUAGAUGGUGUUGAAAUUUUUCUUACAAACUGAAGAUUUAUUUAUUGCUUUAAAACGGGUUGAGAUAUGCAAAUGAAAUUUGGUGGGUUUUACGAUGUAGUUAUUGUACAUUUUUUGACAUACAAGUAAGAAAUUAAUAUUAACCAUUGGCGCCCAUACAGGUAAUAUGAGCCGUCAUAUUACCCGUAUAUGCGCCAAUGGUGCAAUGGCGCCAAUCUUAAAAGACAAAAAAUUUCAUUUGCGUAUCUCAACCGGUUUUAAAGCAAUAAAUAAAUCUUCAAUUUGUAAGAGAAAUUUCAACACCCUCUAUCUCAGAAACGAAGCAUUUGCGGAUAUAUGUUUAUAAAGCAAACUGUCAUUAUUUUUUCAUGUUAUUAUUUCAUUACCCCUUUAAGUUUGCCAUACUUAUUGAAAAACACCCUUCGUCGUUUGUGCCUCCCAUUCUUUUUGUCGUAUUUGGAGCAUGUGGGGUCUUACUUUGUGUCUUUGUAAGCAGUUCUUUAUAUUUAGCCAUUCUCAAGGCUUCAUCGUCAUUAUCUGCUGCGAUUGAUUAUGAAGGGCAAAGUAAAAGAUAGAAGAGAUGUAGGAAGGAGAGAAAUCUCCUGGUACCGAAACCUUAAGGAAUGAUUUAGUCUGAACUCUAACCAACUAUUUAGAGCUGCUCUAAGUAAAAUAAGAAUUGACAUGUUGAUAUCCAACCUUCGGUAGAAGAUGGAACCUUAAGGAGAAGAUUAUUAAGAUGGUACCAUAUGGGAGCGUCGUGUAAGAGGGUAGAAUGUACAUACGUACAACUUGAAGGUACGUUCUUCUUUUGAGGGCACUUGGACCGCCGAUAUUUGGCAUAUAUAUCAUUUCCUCUUACUCCGUAAAGGAGCAUAGGGCAUCCACGAAGCUUCUCCAUUGGACUCUGUCUCUCGCCAUAGCUGCUACCUCUCCCCAACUUUCUCAUACCUUUGUAGUCAGCUUUAACUGUUCUUUUCCAGGUCGUUGCGGGUCGUCCUUACUUUCUUCGUCCUGCUACUGUCCAUCUUAGAGCUUUCUUUGUUAUGUCUGCGUUGUCCUUCCUCAGGGUGUGUCCCAGCCAAUUCCAUCUUUUCCUUUUAAUUGCAAUUUCAAUUGGCUCUUGUUUGGUUUUCUUCCAGAGUUCUUGAUUUGUUAUGAUGUUGUGCCAAUAUACUUUCAAAAUUUUUCGGAUGCACCUAUUUACAAAUACUUGGAGUUUUUUGACAGUUCCCUCUGUUAUUGCCCAGGUCUAGCAGCCAUACCUUAUUAAUGCCGCUGUUCUCUCUGCCCUUUCUGCUGUGAAAGCCAACUUUUUGAUAGCAGUUUUGUUGUUUGAAAAAAAGUAAGAAUAUAUUUAACGCUUCUACAUCCUACACCUCGAGCAGGAAAUCACUUAAUAUAGUGUUUUACACCUAAAAAGCCAAACAGUGAAUGGCACCUUUAAAUCUAUAACUAAUUUAUCUGGGAUCUGCUCCGCGCAUAAACCAAAAAUUACGUACUAUUUUUAUGUCCCAGUGACCUAAAUAAAUUUUUCAUCAUGAUAUCAUAGAUGAUAUAAAACUAAAAUACAUCUUUUAGAUGAAACUAAGCCGCUGUUUAACAUAAUCAUAUCACACGGCAUUAUGAAAACUUAUAAGUCUGUUUUAGAAUAUACUAUAAAAUGGUAUAAGAAAAUGGUAUACUAAAUUUUGUCACAGUGUAAAACAGAAAACAAAAUCUGUUAACAGAAAAUGUUAUACAAAUUAGAACAUGUCCUAUUUGAUACCAAUUAUUAGUACAGAGGCAUGCGCAGUUAGGUUAUUUUCGUUAUACUGUCACAUUGGUUUUUUUAAGGUUACCUUUUCUUUUAAGAAAUGUUGCAAUCGAAGCAGCAGAUAAUACCUAAUAGAGUUUUCUUAUUCAUCAUAUCUUUGUAAUACAAAAUAUCAAAGAUAAAACUAAGUUAAAUGUUGAGAAAAAUGAGGUUAACGCAUUAUUAACUGAAAAAGAAGAACAUUAAAAUUAACAGUACACGAAUCACCUUGCGAAUCACCAUAAAAAUAUAAAAAAGUACCUUUUUUGGCAUGUAAUGCGCAGAAUCACAUAACAGAUUCUAAUACGAAAAUGUGACAAUGUAAUACACAAAACUUCUUGUAUUUAUAUUGUACACAAUCAUUUCAUGUAAGUUUUUGUUAUACCAUUUUCUGUUAACAAAAAAGGUAUAGUCUAAAACAGACUUUAAGUUGUGAAUGGCAUGUAAACUUCAGAAAUCAAUCUUAUCGAAACCGUGGUUGAAAGAUUGUACUUACGAGGUAGAUUCUAUAAAUUCUAGGGUAGUCUAUGUCUCAGAUGACAACAAUUUCUUAGUUUUGUAUUUUAAAUUUGUUUAAUAAUAGUAUGUUAUCGCGGUUUCAUGGUACACAUCUAUCAUAAGACGUGCGCAGGUAGCUAAAUAUUAAAACUCAGAAACUGGCAACUAUGUCAGUUACCCACCAUAGUGCUGGCUUACAAAGGUGUCAUCUACUCUGAUGACCCUUCAUCAAAACAAAUAAUCUCACCAACAAUUUUUUCCUCGCUCUCGUAAGUACUUAUUCUUCAUCAUCAAAAUUUUUCUUGCUGUAUGAUAUGAUUUGCUUACUAGUUUAAAAAAGAAAAGAAACAAAAAAUAUACUACUUAGAAUUUCUAGCAUUAGUGAUCUAUAUAUGUUACAAGGCAACUCUUGAACGAGAAAAAUCUCAAAAAAAUUUGGUUGUUAUGUGUGUAAUCACAUAUGGGUCGUUUCGAAGGUUCGAUAGUCCCAAUAUAGAAGAAAUCCAUGUUCAUCCAAUUUCCGUUGGUUCUAUGUCCAUAAAAAUAAAUAUUUGAUUAUUUGUUAGGUUGUUUAGUACUAACUGUCAUUUGUAAUUCAAUGUUUAUUAAGAUAGGUAUCAAUAUAACACAAAAAGAAAAACCACGGUGCCUGAAGGCGGAAUGUCACACAGAUACAGAAGAAGAUAUAAUAAUUUCGUAUUUUGGCCAAAAUGGAAACAGUUUGGCUCUAUAAUAAAACGUUCUGAGCAUGUUUACCAUAAACAUCAAACUUGACGAUAUACUAUAUCCGAUUCGAAAUUUCUAAACCGCUGUUAUAUAUAUCUCAAGACAUUUGAGCGAUUGUGGUAUUGGAUUAAACUUAUAAUAACAUGAAACAUUCCAUUUUGGACAAAUACGAAACGAAAAAGCUACAAAUCCUCAAAGUAUAGAUUCCCACUAUAACUGACGAGGAUCUAUCGUAUUUAACCCCAUUUUUGUUUAACCUGCCUUAGAAUAUGUCACGUGAAAAAUUUAUCCAAAAAUCAAACCAGACAUAGCUGCUCGGGGAGCAAAACUCGCUUUUGCCGAUGACGUAGCCUAAUCAACAACGCAGUUCUAAUCAACAUUAGAAGUAAAAUAUUUUCUCGAGCUUUGAAGAAGCUGCAUAAAAUAUCGGGCUAAAAAUAAAUGAAGACAAAACAAAAUACAUUGUCGUCUCAAAACAAGAAUGAUCUAGGAGCAACAAUUACCAAUAACAACAAAAUAGUUCGAGAAACGCGAAUAAUGGCAGGAUACAGAUCGUUCUUUGCAAUGCAACAUCCAAUGAAGUUAAAACUUCUCCCACGAGGUGCAAAAAUGCAGGUAUAUAAAACCAUAAUAUGUACGACCAGCAGUCGCGUAUGGAAGCGAAACAUGGACGCUAACAAAAAGAGAAGUAAAUAAAUUGCUGAGGUGGGAACGUAAAAUCCUUCGAAUGAUAUAUGUCCCUUGCAGAGACAGCGUGACCAACGAAUGGAGGCGCAGAUACAAUAACGAGUCUUUCUUCGGAACGGAAAAUCUAGUCAGAUAUAUAAAGGCAAAUAGACUCAGAUGGCAGGGCAUGUGAUACGCAGUAGCGGCAAUCGCCUUAAAAACAAUGUGUUUUGGGAAAGGCCAGAUGGGAGAAGAUUUGUAGGUCGGCCUAGAAGAAGGUGGAAAUAUGCGUCAGAGAAGAUCUGGAAAAACUGGGAGUGAGACAAUGGGAAAUAGUGGCACAGGACCGACAAACAUGGAAGGCAAUAGUAAACGCGGCAAAGACUCAUGAAGAGUUGUAACACCAUUGAUGAUGAUGAUGAUGAUGACGAAUCUAUUGUAUCUAUAAAUGUAAUAGCUAAAAUAGUAUAUGUCUAUCAAAUUUUGGUACAUUUAUUAAUGUAGAAAUAUAGAAAAAUCAUCAGUUGACAUCAUUAACGGAACGCCUACUUUUUAAACAAUACAAAUGUUAUACAACCAAUAUUAUUUAUUACGUUUUUUAAUUAUUUAUUAUUUAUAAAUGACAGACGGUACUCAAUGACCCAAUUAUUUGUCCUCUUUCCGAGCCUAUGGACCACACGGAAUUUAGUCCCGUCCCUAAAGUUUUGAAAACGUUUCGUCUCAAUACAAUAAAGUAAAAAAAAAGAUAUAUUGUUCAAUAAUGCUUGUAGAAGAGAAUGACACAGAGCAAUGUUAAGAAAUAUAAGUAUAUCUGAAAUACGAUGAUAAUAAUAAUAUACUUACAUGCUAUGUUGGUUUGUGAAACAUUUGAGGAAAAAGUUAAAUUUACAAGAGAUCUUUAGUCUCUUGCUCUCUCUGUCGCUCCUUCGGCCAAUAUGUGUAUUUAUAAAUAUUGCGAUACUGAAGCUUGAAGAGAGGUAAGAAUUAUUCUAAAGUUCUUUUCUUGUGACAUUUUUAAUAUUAUUUACUAUCUGUAAUUGAAACUUACAACAAUUAUUUCAGUUAAAAAUAUAUUUACAAAUUACAGGGAAAGUCCCAGUGAUUGGCUGUAUACUUAAACUUAAAACUUAAACAGAAGUAAAAAACUUCGGUUUGUAUAAUGGUGUAAGUAUAUAAUUUUUAUUAAAAAACUUUUAAAAAGUCGUCCAAAUGGAUUAUAUAAAAACAUCAGAAGGUUUUUGAUCUAGUCAGAUCAUCAUCAGUGACAUUAUGUGUGAUAACUGAAACUAGCAUAAUUAUUUAUUAAAUUGUGCUAUUGUAAUGCGACACAAUGUAUAUGUUAAUCGAUUAUAAUAUUAAUACUCAAAAGCAGCAUGGCUUCCCUGCUCGAAAAACUGUAGGGGUACUUGUCAAGAUGAGUGACACAGACCGAAUGAGAUCAACAGAAUUCUGUCUGUGUCACUCAUCUUGACAAGUACCCCUACAGUUUUUCGAACAGGGAAGCCAUGCUACUUUUGAGUAUUAAUAUUAUAAUCGAUUAACAUGGACAUUGUGUCGCAUUACAAUAGCACAAUUUAAUAAAUAAGUAUGUAAUUUUGAAGUCUAUAUAUCAACUAGUGGGCUAUUUUCAAUUACUACACAGAAUGUCACUGAAGAUGAUCUAACUAGAUCGAAAACGUUCUGAUGUUUUUAUAUAAUCCAUUUGGAUGACUUUUUAAAAGAUUUUUAAUAAAAAUUAUAUACUUACACCAUUAUACAAACCGAAGUUUUUUUACUUCUAUGUAAGUUUUUUUAAAAAAUAUAUUUCUUUUGACGUUUCGAUUUCUGCUUCGGAAAUCGUUCUCAAAAUGUACAUUAAACAAGCAGGCAUGUAAAGAAAUUACAAUCAAGAUACAUUUAUCUACAAAGAGAGGGAAGUUUUUAUGAUUUUUCUUCUAUUUUUGACAAUUGAAGACACAUUUUUCGGUUAACCAAACCAAUGGUCUAAAUUUUCGAAAAUAUUAUUAAAAUUAAGCCUUUAGCUGCUUUCUAUUUGUGGCAGGUUUAUGGUUAAUUUGCUUUCUGUGUCAUUCAAAAGCAGCAAAUUGUUUUGCUCAUGUCAAAGGUUGUUUUUAUGUUCUCAAAAGAACGAAAGUUUAAUAAUAAUUGCAUCACUAAAAGAUUCGAGGAUGUUUGUAUAAGAUGUGCGAUACUCGAGAGUAGAAUCGCCAUUUUGUAUAAAACGGUCUAGAUAAAAAAUAAAUAUAGAGAUAGAGAAGUUGAAUAAGUCUUCAUAGUCCUAAUUUGGACAUAUGCAGAGAUGAAUAUGAAUUUUGUCCCUGUAAGUAAUAAUACUAUUGUUAUAACUUUAGUUACAAUAUAUUUGUUUUUAAUGUGAUUGAUGUUACUUAAUAGUACCUAAUAUUUUUAAUAAAAUUAUAUCUUAUUAUUAAAAAAA